GCAUUCCGAGUAGCGGACCAGGCGAGGUCACAUCGUCAUUGCGCCCGGGGCCAUCCAACGCUUCCUGCCGCUUCUUUACCCGCCAUCGGCCGCGCCUCCUCUCCGUGCCAUACUCGCCCUUGCCUCGACGUGAUGAACAUGCAACUUCCGCCCUACCUCCGCGAGGACGACGACACGCUCGAGACGCUGCACGUGCGCAACGAAGUGCUGCACGCCAAGGUCAUGGCGCUCACCAAGCAGGUGAGCACCGCCCACUACGAGCUGCGCAUCGAGAAGGUCCUGCACCGCGAAACGAAGGGCAAGCUCAAGUCGGCCGAAGCCGCGCUCGAGGCCCAAGUCCGCCACGUGUUUGCGCUCGAGGCCGCGCUCGAAGAGCACAUUGAGGCGCAGCUCGACACGCUCUCGGGCCCGCUCAGCGACAUUGAGGAGAUCCACCGCGAAGAACUCGAGAUGCUCCAGGACGACAUCGACAUGUACAUGGAGCGCUGCGCGUCGUACGAAGAGACGAUCGCGAAGCUCCGGACGGCGCUCGAAGACAAUGCGCUCGGCCAAACGAACGACUGGAUCCUCCGCCAGCAGAGCCGCGCCAGCUACUACCUCGACGAAGAGAACAACGACUGCUCGGACGUCGAGAGCAACUACGACGACGACCUCGACGCCGACGGCGACGAAGAGUGCGACGACUCGGACUCCGAGUCCGAGUCCGAGUCCGAAUCCGGCUCGGACGACGAAAUUUUCGCAUGGAAGAGCGUCGACAUUCGCGGCAGCUGCUCGGAAGACACGGCCUCCUUGGACUCGGACUACGAGCUCGAGCAGGCCCGUCUCGCGCAGCUGUGCGCGAUCGUGAGCAAGUCGGUCAACUACGAGACCGAGUACCUCGCGGUCGUCGACCAGAUCGAGGCCAAGCUCGAGGAAGAGAGCCUCGCCCACAAGCAGCAAGAGAUUGCGACGGCGCCCAAGACGACGCCGCCGACGCCGACGGCCAGUGCGCGCAAGACGGUGCGUGAGCCCAAGGACUGGCUCGACGACCUCCUCUUUGAAGUCGCGCAGCUCAACUACGCCCGCUAGUCGAGUUGUCUUGUCGUAUAUGUACAUUCUGCCUACCUGACUAUUUAAUAUUACCAAUGCAACCCUA